GAUCAUGACAAGGAGCACACAGCGGGUGUAAUCGAAAAAAUAUACAAGGAUUGUUCGGAGAUUUUGAAAAGAGAUUUCAGCAGGAGAGGACAAGAUGGAGUGUAUAUUAUUUACGCUGACACUCGGAAAGAGGUUUUCUGUGACAUGACGACAGACGAAGGAGGGUGGACGGUCAUUCAAAAACGAGAAGAUGGCGAAGUUGACUUUUACAGGACAUGGAAUGAGUAUAAACAGGGAUUUGGGAAUGCGUCUAAAAACUACUGGAUAGGGAAUGACGCAAUCCACACCUUAACAAAGGAUCAGAACCAAGAACUCCGAAUUGAUCUCCAGAGACAUAAUGGAGAACAGGCCUAUGCUGCGUAUACCACAUUUUACAUCGGAGAUGAAAACAAUAAAUACAAUUUAACAAUAUCUGGAUAUUCGGGAACAGCAGGUGACAGUUUGAUUGAAUGGCACAAUGGUAUGAGAUUUUCCACCAAAGAUCAAGAUAAUGACAUGAGUAACGUUAAUUGUGCUAUAGACUUUCACGGUGCCUGGUGGUAUAGCGCCUGUUACGAAUCAAACCUAAACGGAGGAUAUGCUACGUCUGCUCUGAUUGGUGACAAAUACCCGGUAUGGGUUCACUUUAAAAAAACUUUCGAAGCUCUACAAAAAACUUUGAUGAUGAUUAGACAGAAAAACUAG